AUGGCUCCAAUCGCUCCAACGAGUCGCAAGACAUCCAGCGGCCGAGGCGCAAUACCUUCGACCAACAGUGGCCUAUUUCCCGACGAUUUUCGGACAACUAAGAAGGAUAAGCGCUUGAUCAAGCACUCGGUCUUCGUGAACAAGGUUGCAAAAUCCCUAAAGAAAACACCCAAGCGACGACGCCCCUCGAAAAAGCUCGUCGCAAAUCUUGAUUCCCUCGCUGAUGCCCUACCCGAUGCGGACGAUGAGACUCCCUCGGACGUUGCCAAUCAAGCAAAUAUCAUCAAACACAAGACAUUGAAACAUCGCCCUGGGGCUAUGAAGAGGAAAGAGAAGAUGGAAAAAUUGGAGCGUGACAGGUUCAUCAAGAAUAUGGCACAGAUGAGUGCUAUUGAACAAGCCACACCGAAAUCGCAGCAGCAAUCCGAAAGUCAAAUGGCUGGUGCUGAAUCAAAUUCCACGUCUAACCGAUGGGCAGCUCUUCGGGGCUUCAUUUCCCAGACAAUGGAUCACCAGCCUGCAUUCAAGAACGCAAAAUAG